CCUCCUGCCAGAGCUUCUUGGUGUCCAACAUUCUAGUUCCGAAGCUGCAUUCUCUGCUCCAUUGCCGGUUGCCAGAGCCAUGGGCAUGAGGAGCUCCAAGAUAAAACUGAAGACAGGGUCGUUUCUGUGGUGCCUCUACCUGGACAAGCUCUACUGCCUGCUGUCCGUGAGGAACGUGAGGGCCUUGGUGGAGUACUUCGGCCUCCUCGACCCGCACCACCGCAGCACCAUGAACGAUAUGAUGUUCUACCACUUCCUUCAUCACGUGACUAACUGCAAUCGGAAACAGAUCACGAGUGUGUUCAACAUGCUGGACUGGGAAGCGGCGGGCGCCAUCAGUUUUGACCAGUUCUACAUGCUGGUGUGCAUACUACUGGCACACGAGAACCACUUGGAAGAGCAAUUUAUCUUCCGCCAUUCCCGGCCAGUCUUUGAGCUGCUGGACCUGGAUGGGGCGCUGAGAAUCGGGGCGGAGAGCUUCGAAAAGUACGACUUUCUCUUCAAUAUUAAAAAACACAACCUCCGAGAGUUCUACCACGACUUUGACAUCACCGGUGACUGUCACCUGAAUUACAAGGAAUUUAAGCUGUUUACGAUCUUCACCAUGGACAAAUACCAGGAGAAGCAGAAAGCAGAGGAUAAGAAGGAGGAACAGAAGGCUCUGCUUGAAAAAGAAUAUGCCACGCAAAGUUAAGGGGAAGGCAAACGAGAAACUUCUUGAAAGAAAUUAAUCUAAAAAUACAAGUAAUUAUAACUGUUAGCAUGUUUAAAAAUAAAUGUGAACACCAAAGUGGUAUGUCUACACAUUCACUUUGAUACAUGAAGGGUCCAAAUGAGUGUUCCUCAAACAGAAAGUUCUUAACUUUGAUAACCUAUGGACCUCACAUACGGUACAAGAAUGUCAUGUGAAGUAACCACUCUCUUUGUCCAUCCACAUGUCCCAAUUCUGCUGCUGCUUUUCACAUCAACCCUG